AUGUUUUACGAGACUUGUAGUGCUUUGGAUGAUCCUAGUGAACCAGCAAGGAAGAAACAGAAGACAAAGAACAACAAUAAACCAGAACCACCGAAAACUGCGAAACCAGUCGGUUGCGCAGAUGACAAUUACUGCAAAGCUUGUGGCAACUGGGGACACAAGAGAAGGAGCAGCCGAUUAUGCCCUAUGAAUCGGAAGCUGUGUGACAGUCAUCCAUCAGUUGUCCAACUAGAAGCAAUGACUGAGGAAGAACAACAACGUACACAACAAUCCCUUUUAGACAGCAUUCCUCUGGAGGUAAACAACAGUAGCAAAGACACGGUUGAAAGCAUCCUAGAGGAACAGAUCAACGAGGAUGUAGACUAA